AUGCCUUACUGUCCUCCUUGCGACAGGCACUUCCGCCUAGAGAACUCUCUGGACCAACACAUCCAAGCCGUGCACCCUCAAACGUAUUGUUGGCGUUGUGAAAGACACUUUCCUCAUGAACGUGCAAAGGAACAGCACAUCGAGAACUCUGCACGACAUAAUAUAUGUACUCACUGCUAUCAUGAGCCCGACUUCAGUUCAGAGGAUGAUCUGAAGAGUCAUCUGAUAAAAGACCACCAUGCUUGUAUUCCAUGUGAUGAGUACUUCUCCGACGAUUACGAUCUUCUGGAGCAUGAUGUGGAUGUUCAUGAUAAAUGCCGAACCUGCGGCCGAUUCUUCAAAUCGCGAUCGAACCUAAUCAACCACCGCAAGACCCACGCUGCGAAAAAUGUCGAAUGCCUCGGAUGUUCAAGGAUGUUCAUCUCUCAUUCGGCCAUGGUGCUCCAUCUUGAGGCGAACACUUGCGAGUCGGGCUCCGACAGAGAUUCCAUCAGAGGGUGGGUUUGGGACUACUACGAGAUCCAUGGGCGCUGGAAUCAUGACCACGACGAUGACUUUGACUGCGAAAGCUGCGGAGCGAAUUUUAACAUGUUGAGCGCUCUGCUGCAGCAUGUCGAAAGUCGGGCUUCCAAAGUCUCAGCGGCCUGCGACCGAGUCGCCUAUGACGCUGCCCGGAAGCAGCCUACCAGCGUGCCGAUCACUGCUGUUCAACAAUACCAAUACCCAAUUGGUCCCGACUCUUCUGAGAGCGCUGCCUAUGCUCCCCGACAAUUUCCAGACUAUGGCGAAGACGUGUCUGGCGCUGCUGCGGCCCAGAACAUAAACCGCACGAUUGCCAUGGUGGAAGAACAAGUGUUCUUGCACACAGCAUGCUGGACGCUUCACUGCAUGCCCUGUCGAAUUGUCUUCAAUGACGCCAGCGAGCAAGCGGCACAUAACUCCAAAUGGCAUUAG